UAUUGUUUGUAUGUUGUUUUAAAAUAGAUAGUUAUAAUAGGAUUUUAUUAUUAUUGUCUCUAUUUUUAAAAAAACUGUCCUAGUAGAUUGUAAGAUUAAAAUAAUGUUGCGGAUUUUAUAGUUCCUUAGGUUUUGUCGGUGAUAAUAAGAAUUUAAUAUGGCGCUAACAGUCACGGUAAAAAUCUUAAUCGUGGUAGGAGUACUAGCUGUCACAGCUGGCAUCACCACCACUGUGCUCCUAGUCAACAGAGACAGUGGCGCUGAUGACGUCACAGAUACCACGGCGGACCCUGGCACCACGCCUGAAGAAACAACUGAAGGCGGACCUUCUGUUGUUUUGCCGUAUAAUGUUGGUGUCGGUAUAGCUGAUAUGACUGGCCCGUGUACGGAAAUAAAUUUUAUGGGCUACGCAGAGCUAAGUCAGACCGGGGCAGGUCUCCACACGAGGCAGUUCGCCCGAAGCUUCAUCUUCAUCCAGGGAGACACCCGCAUUGUGCUGGUCUCUGCCGAGGUGCAGUCCGUCGGGAUCGCUGUCAGACGGGAGGUGGUUAAAAGACUGCAAGAAUUGUACGGAGAUAUUUACUCACUUCGUAACGUGAUUAUCACUGGAACUCACACUCACAGCACCCCUGGAGGGUAUCUGGUGGACUUCCUUCUAGAUGUGUCAAUCUUGGGAUUCUCCAGGGAAACCUAUAAUGCCUAUGUGGAAGGGAUAACAAGGAGUAUAAUCAGGGCGCAUGAGAAUGUGGUGCCAGCUCGCCUAUUCUUCAGCCAGACUCAAGUGAGCGAUGCUCACAUGAACAGAUCUCCGUAUUCCUACGAGUUCAAUCCUCCUGAAGAAAGAGCAAGAUACAGCACCAAUGUAGACGACACCCUCAGUCAGAUCAGGAUCGAGAAGGCGGACGGCAGCCUCCACGGAGUCCUCACCUGGUUCGCGGUCCACACCACCAGCAUGAACAUGACCAACCUGCUCGUCUCUUCAGACAACCUGGGGUACUCGGCGCUGAUGAUGGAGAAGACGCUCAACCCUGGGAUGCCGACUGGAAAGCCAGCUAUUGUAGCAGGAUUCUUCUCGUCAAACCUCGGGGAUGUAUCACCGAACACUCGAGGGGCCAGGUGCGAGUUUUCCGGAGACGAAUGUGAUAACCAGUUCCUGCUAUGCGGAGCCUCUGAAAGAUGCUACUCUCUUGGUCCAGGAGAUGACAUGUUUGAGAGUACCAGGAUCAUUGGCACCAAGGUUUACAAUGGAGCAAUGGAAGCUUUGAAUUCACCCGGUGAAGAGUUGACGAGUCAUUUGGCUGUGAUUCAUCAAUUUGUUGAAAUGCCAGAAGAAACAGUCGCCAGAUACGACCCGGUCACCAAAACCUUUGAUCAGACUGAGCCUGUUAAAGGCUGUGUUCCCGGCAUGGGCUACAGUUUCGCAUCAGGAACCAUUGAUGGUGCGAAUCUUCUGAACAUUACCCAAGGCACCAUCGUAGGUAAUCCACUCCUGGACACCAUCAGUGGCAUCCUCGCUGAACCCACUCCAGAGGAUAUUGAGUGUCAUGCACCAAAACCUAUUCUUCUGGCUACCGGAAGGGCAAACUUCCCGUUACCCUGGCACCCUCGCACAGUCUCCGUGACCCUCAUCCACCUGGCCGGAGUGCUAGUGGCUGGAGUACCAGGGGAACCCACCACCAUGUCAGGGAGACGCAUCCGUGACGUCAUCAGCUUGGCUAGUGGGGUGGACACGGAGAAAGUGCUGGUGUCGGGACUGACUAAUGAGUAUAUUCAUUAUGUGGCCACUUAUGAGGAAUAUCAGGUCCAACGUUACGAAGCAGCAUCAACUAUUUACGGCCCGCACACUUUGGACAUAUUCUUGAACAAGUUUUCCGAAUUCGCUAAAAUUGCUGUUGAGGGCGGCGACGUGCCCGCAGGUCCGGAACCAGCAGACUACCGCAGCAACACCAUCUCCAUCAUCCUGCCCGUCGUGUUCGACGGGACGCCCCUCGCCAGGACCUUCGGAGACGUGGUGCAGCAGCCGAGGAAGGAAGUGAAGAGGGGGGAUACUGUUGUUGCUGUUUUUCAAGGAGCCAGUCCGCGCAAUGAUUUGAGACAGGAGUCGACAUACCUGGCGGUAGAGCGCCUCGAGGUGGGGCAGUGGACCGUCAUCGCCACCGAUGCUGAUUGGGAGACCAGAUUCUACUGGCAGCGCUCAUCCACCCUCCUAGGCUCCAGCCAAGUGACCAUAGAGUACCGCGUCCCCCCCGCCGCCUACCUCACCUCCUACCGCAUCCGCUACUACGGAACCUCCAGAAGUGUGCUCGGAAACACAUUGACGCCUUUUGAAGGGGUGACGAAUGAGUUCAGAGUUGUUGAAUAGGUGUGGGGAGUUGAGACUGUGUUUUGUUUUUAAGGUACCUACUUACUGAAUAAAGGUGUUAUUUAUUUGUUU